AUGGAUGGUGUGGAAAUGUCAUCAGUGAUAUUACUUAAAGACAUUGCUGUACAGAAGCACAAUGUCCUCCUUGUGAAUUCAUCAUAUUUCAGAUAUAGCAUUUCCUUUAUGAAAGCAAUAGAGAUGGCUUAUGAUAAUAUGGGAUAUAGUUAUUUUCUGCCAGCUGAAGGCCAUGGAUCAUUAGAUAAUAAUACUGCCCGCUGCAGUGGUCGCCGGUGUCUCGCCGGCUGUGUGUGUGCAAGCACUGCUUGCAGCGGCCGGGGUGUUUUGGGGAAUGAGUUUAGUAUAUUACGAUCCCCAGGAUCUGUUGUUUUCCGAAAUGGAAAUUGGCCUAUACCAGGUGAUCGAAUCCCAGAUGUUACUGCUUUAUCCAUGGGCUUCUCUGUCAAAGAGGACCUUUCCUGGCCUGGCCUUGCCGUGGGUAACCUAUUCCACAGUCCCCAUGCUACCAUUAUGGUAAUGGUGAAAGGAAUAGACAAACUGGCCCUCCCCGCAGCAAAUGUCAUCUCCUACCCCUUGGAAAAUGCAGUUCCUUUUAGUCUUGACAGUGUUGCAAAUUCCAUUCACUCCUUAUUCUCUGAAGAAACUCCUGUAGUCUUGCAGUUGGCUCCCAGUGAGGAAAGAGUGUAUAUGGUGGGGAAGGCUAACUCCGUUUUUGAAGAUCUUUCAGUCACUUUACAACAACUCCGGAAACGCCUGUUUCAAGAAAACUCUAUCCUCAAUUCACUUCCUCUCAGUUCUCUGAGUAGGAACAAUGAAGUUGACCUGCUCUUUCUUUCUGAACUGCAAGUGCUCCAUGAUAUUUCAAGUUUGUUAUCUCAUCAGCACCUAACCAAGGAUCAUUCUCCUGAUUUGUAUUCACUGGAGCUAGAAGGUCUGGAUGAGAUUGGGAAACAUUAUGGAGAAGAUUCAGAACAAUUCAGAAAAGCUUCCAAGAUCCUUGUUGAUGCUCUACAAAAGUUUGCAGAUGACAUGUACAAUCUUUAUGGAGGGAAUGCAGUGGUAGAGUUAGUGACAAUCAAGUCAUUUGACACAUCCCUGGUGAGGAAGACGAGGACUAUCCUUGAGGCAAAAGCAGAGAAGCAAGUCAUUCCCUAUAACCUGGCAUAUAAGUAUAAUUUUGAGUAUUCGGUGGUUUUCAACCGAUUUUUGUUGAUGAUUGCCUUGGCCUUGGCGGUCCUUAUAACCUCCUACAACAUUUGGAACAUGGACCCCGGAUAUGACAGCAUUAUAUAUAGAAUGACAAACCAGAAGAUUCGAAUGGACUGAUCUUUCAUUACGUCCUCCAUACACAAGGGGUUUGGAAAUGGGUCAUUU